UGUCAUAUUACGUAUUGUUGGUGUUUUCGCCAGGUAGCCUAUUCGUGGCAUUCGAUGCGAAACGGGGACAUUUUAAAAGCACAAAGAAAACAGUCAAAUGUCCGCCAUGUUGAUAUUGAAAUAUUUCAGCUUUCUUUUGUUCACUGUUGGUGUUACUGAGGCUCUUUACGAGUGCACCUAUUCAGACGGACGAACGCUCACCUGUGAUGAAUGUUGUGAACAUGACUGCUGUGCAUGGACAUCGGCUCACACCUAUGGAAUCGGUAUAGGUGCUGGAUUUUUUUUUUCCGUUGGCAUUGCCAUCGGAAUAUGUCGGUGUAUUCGCAGACGGCGGACUCUGGCAGCGUUAUCGACCACCACCACACCACGGUUGGCGGUUGUGACCGUUACUAGACAAGCGAUGCCAGGAAGAGGAGGAGCCACCCCAGGGCCUGUUAACCCCCCAACGUACAGUCCUCCUGCACAGGAGAAUACCAAGAACGCGCAAAUUCCGAAGGAUGCUGUCUACUCGUACAACCAGUGAUUGUUGUCAACGUCAUACAUAACAUCAUGACGUCAUUGUAUUUUUUAUUAUAUAUAAUAAUGAUAGUUUAUUAUAGUAGUGAAAUAUCUAACUUUAUUAUACAAGUAGCAGUAAACUAUUUAAAUAUAAUUACAAACUUUCCGAAUUUAUACGAUUUACUGUAUUCUGAUUUGCUGACGUCACUAAAAAACCAAGCGUUAUCCUUCCAUAAACCUCAUAAAAAUACGUCAUCACGGAAG